UUUUUCAAAUACGAAAGCCUUCAAACUCUAUAAAACAAACCACGUCCUCACUUCUAUGCCUACAAUAUGGUGAUGAGACGGCUCCACAAUAUUAUUGAACCAUCUCGGCAGCAUAUCCAUGCAUAUAAAAGACGCAAAUGAAGAGCCCUGGGGAUGUAAAUGUCUAGGAAUUUUAUAACUUUUUUUCCAUUUUAUUGAUACCUUUAUAUAUCGUGUAGGACUUUAAGCUAAUCGAAUGUUAUGUGCAGGUGUGUAUGUGAGCAAUCUCAUGUCUUUCAUGAUGGUUAGCGAGAGCUGUAUUGAUUUUUCAUUAAAUUAUUUUUUUUCAACUUUAUUAAAUUUAAUUUUUUAAGUCUAAACAGUUUUAUAAAAACAUACAUUGGUAGCCUUGGUACUAAUUUGCUGAAUAUUACAUACAAAAGCUUAUCGGUUGAGCAGAACAGACAGGAAUAGUUGGUAAGGAGGUUGUUUACACAGCAGGUGUUCGAGUUAAAACAGCUGAAGCGUGAACGUUCGAAUGUUUUUACGAAAUGCCGAAAAUGAUGCAAACGAUUGUUUCACAAGAUAUUCGUAACGCCGGAACUCAAAAUUAUCGACAGGUUCGAUGGAUAGAGGAUAUUUGCAGCAAUUUGCAAAAAAUUCUUCGUACACAUUAACAUUAUGAAUUAGUUAGCAAGAAAAUUCGAUCAAAAGCGAAGUUAUAAACGAAUAUUAACUGAAAAAUGGCAAGGUUUUCGAUUCGACAGAGUUUAUCCUCGAAGAUUUUUAUAUUUUUAAUGUGCGGAAUCUUCAUAGUCAUCCGGAGUAACUACGUUUAUAACAAACCUCGUUACGAUGAAACCAAACAAACAUCACGAAAAAUACUUGGAAGUUUUGAUGCAGAAAACUGUAAACAUUCGACAGGCGCAGUGGAAGAGUUUCCAUCUGAUUUAUUCACGCAGGAACAACGUAUCCGUGGAGGAGUGUUAGUGCACAUCAUCGUCAUGUUUUACAUGUUCGGAUUACUUGCUGUCGUAUGCGACGAUUAUUUCGUGUUGUCACUAUACCACAUCUGUUCACGGUUAAAUCUGGAUAGAGAUGUAGCUGGUGCUACCUUUAUGGCCAUUGGUUCUUCGGCUCCGACUUUGUUUAUCGCGAUCGUGUCCAUAUUUUUUACAGAAAGCGCAGGUGAUGUCGGUUUAGGAACAGUCGUUGGUUCAACAAUAUUUAACACGUUGUUUAUCGUUUCUAUAUGUUCCAUGGCAACGACGAUACCAAUGUCGGUAACAUGUUGGCCGUUAAUGCGUGAUUCGUUUGUGUAUACACUUGGUACCCUGACGCUUGUAUUUACAGUGCGCGACAGACAGGUGCACUGGUACGAAGCAAUUAUUUUCGUAUUUAUUUAUCUAUUUUACAUCCUUAUAAUGUGUUACAAUAAAACCCUGGGAACCUUUUUUACUAAUUUGUCUGAUACAUUUUGUGGGACGUGCGGCGAAAUCGAAGAAGACGACGACACAGACGCUAUUCUUAUUGAAACUAAUAAUGACUUAAGUGAAGGAAGAUUAAAAGCAAAGGCUGGUGUCGAUAAAAAUAAAUCGAAAGACAGUUCAGCCAGCGAGUCGUAUAAUGAAAAAGACAUCAUCCUUGCUCAAUUUGAACAUAAACAAAAUUCACCACUUGAUAUACCAGACGGUAUUUUACCGAAAAUAACUUGGUUACUUGGAUUCCCUGUGAUGAUUUUGUUUUAUAUCACCAUACCUCCAUGCUGCAAACAAAGAUGGUCGGAAUGGUUUCUCGUCACCUUCGCAAUGUCCGUAAUGUGGAUGGGAGCGCUGUCUUACAUUUUAGUAUGGAUGGUUUGCGUUAUCGGGGAUACAUUCGGGAUUCCCGAUUGCAUCAUGGGUAUGACGUUUUUAGCCGCCGGAUCUAGCAUUCCCGACGUCAUGGCAUCUGUUAUCGUUGCUCGUCAAGGCAUGGCCGAUAUGGCAUUGUCUAACGCUAUUGGAAGUAACGUCUUUGACAUGUUAUGUCUUGGUAUCCCAUGGUUACUAAAAACAACCAUAAUGGAGCCUGGCAGCUUUGUUGAGAUUCAAAGUCAGAGUAUUAUGAUUUCAGCUCUCCUCCUUAUAGGCUCUAUUGUGUUUACAGUAAUUGCAAUUCAUUUGAAUAAUUGGAAACUGGACAUGAAAAUCGGGAUUCUGUUUUUAAUAGUAUAUAUUGUUUUUAUCACCAUAGCAACUUUAUUAGAAUUUUUAGCCUGUCCUUGUCAAAUUGAAGAUUUUUUACCUUAAAUUACUUCUUUAGAACCGAAAAUAAAUACUAUUAAUUGUAUAUUUUUUCAUUUAUUUAGUUAUUUAAGUCAUUGUCUUAAAAUUCAUAUGGCGAUAGUAAAGUGUUUAAAAUU